UGCGGACACGGUACAGGGGACGACCAGAGACUGCGGACGCAGUACAGGGGACGACCAGAGACUGCGAACGCAGUACAGGGGACGACCAGAGACUGCGAACGCAGUACAGGGGACGACCAGAGACUGCGAACGCAGUACAGGGGACGACCAGAGACUGCGGACGCAGUACAGGGGACGACCAGAGACUGCGGACGUAGUACAGGGGACGACCAGAGACUGCGGACGCAGUACAGGAGACGACCAGAGACUGCGGACACAGUACAGGAGAUGACCAGAGACUGCGGACACAGUACAGGAGAUGACCAGAGACUGCGGAUGCAGUACAGGAGAUGACCAGAGACUGCAGACAUAGUACAGGAGAUGACCAGAGACUGCAGACAUUAUACAGGAGAUGACCGUAGACUGCAGACAUAGUACAGG